GUCGUGAGGUGGCGCAUUGAAUCAGCAGAUGCUCCAGACGCCCUUGAGCAGGUGGUCAUGAAUCUCGCUGCGCAGGCUGACAUGACCUGUGAUGUGCUUGGCUAUUGUUCGAUUCCUGUGUUGUUUACUGCGCGGCUGCAGCAGCCGCUGAUCCUGCCGCCACUGCCGGAUGACACGUUGCCAGGCCCUCAGGAGUUGUCUCGGAUUUUGAAGGGCCGCACGUUUUUUGGCCGCGGCAUCCCAGUGAUGCGCUUUGAGAAGUUGGUCGACACAUUGAGCCAGCGCCCCGACUUCCAG